AUGGGAACGCGAGGAGAAGAGGUCGCUGGCCAGCUACUAGUGUACUACGUCAGCCACGUCCUGAACGGGCUCGAGGAACGAUACCCUCCGAUUGAGAAACUAGCACUGGCGCUUGUGCUAUCAGCCUGGAAGCUACGCCCUUACUUCCAGGCUCACCCAGUGGAGGUCAUCACCGACCAACCACUUCGGCAGAUCUUGUCUAAAUUUGAUGUUGCAGGACGUCUUCUCAAAUGGGCGGUGGAGCUCGGCGAGCAUGACGUACGAUACGUGCAUAGAACUGCUAUCAAAGGCCAGUCCGUGGUCGACUUCAUCGCAGAAUUAACCCAGACCGAGGACACAAAUCUCGAGCAACCUUCUGAAGCAUGGGUCUUGCAGGUGGAUGGAUCGGCCAACUUAAAGGGCACCAGCGCAGGGCUGGUGCUACUAGCUCUUGACGGACUCUCAUUCGAGCGCUCCCUCCGCUUCGGGUUCCAAGCCACUAACAACGAGGCAGAAUACGAGGCACUCCUAGCAGGACUUAGGUUGGCCCUCGAAAUGCAAGCGGUUGCCAUACACGUCCUCACCGACUCGCAACUGGUAGCCGAGCAACUCAAUGGCGGAUACGAGGCUCGGGACCCAAUCAUGGCAAAGUACCUAGCACACGUAAAGAACCUGACCACCAAGUUCCCUCAUUUUACAUUAUCUAAUGUUCCGAGGGGAGAGAACAAGCGAGCCGACACGCUAGCUAAGCUAGCGUCGAAGCCAGCCUCCGCAGCCUGGCCCGAGGUCGACGAGCUCCCUACACAUGCCAUCGAGAUCGCAGCCGCGGUCUCGGGCGACGCGCUAACCACGUGGGUACAAGAGUCGCUACGCUUCAAACGGGAUGGGACCCUUCCCCCCAACGAGGCUACGGCUCGGCGCUUGCGCCGUACGCAUGCGUGGUAUUCUGAGGUGGGCGGAUGGCUCUAUAAGUGGUCCUUCACAUACCCCCUCCUACGGUGCUUGGAGCCUGACGAAGCUCGAACGGUUCUGGUUGAGGUCCACGAAGGGGUCUGCGGGGAGCACAUCGACGGGCUAACCCUGGCGCACAAAAUACUUCGCCAAGGGUACUACUGGCCGACCAUUUGCCGGGAUGCAAAGCUCUAUUGGGGUUUGGACCUGCUCGGACCUUUCCCGCCAGCCUCGGGACAGCGGAAAUACAUCAUCGUGGGAGUGGAUUAUUUCACAAAGUGUGUUGAAGCCGAGCCACUGGCGACGAUCACAGAGCGUCAAAUUGAAAAGUUCAUAUGGAGGAACCUGGUGACUCGGUUCGGCUUGCCCAAAACCAUAAUUACAAAUAAUGGGCCUCAGUUCACUCGUAGAAGGUUCCGGGAGUUCUAUGCAAGCAACGGAAUCCAGCUAAGGUUCAGCUCGGUGGCUUACCCUCAGACGAACGGGCUAGCGGAGGUAACCAAUCGGUCCAUUCUAGACGGGCUCAAAAGAAGAGUGUCUGCAGCCCAAUUGGCUUGGACGGAUGAACUCCCGAGCGUCUUAUGGUCAUUACGCACCACCCCCAAAACUGCGACUGGAGAGUCCCCCUACAGCCUCGCGUUCGGAACCAAAGCUAUCCUACCGCCCGAAGUAGCUAUUCCCACCCUUCGGACAAGAAACUAUGACGAGAAAAUCACGAACGAAGGACUUCGAGCCGGCCUCGACAUGCUCGAGGAGCGGUGUGCCGACGCACACUUGAAGGUCUACAAUCGGAGGGUCUACAACUACAAGGUACGACCCCGAGCAAUUAAGUUAAACGACCUGGUCCUACACAAGACCGAAGUCAGAGACCCGACCCGAGCGAGUGGGAAGCUAGCCCCCAAAUGGGAGGGGCCUUAUCGGGUCGUCGAGGUAAUCCGACCAGGUACAUACCGGCUCACGACAAUGGACGGUCCUUCUUUGCCGAGAACAUGGAACGUCCAGAACCUUAAGAAAUUUUUCGUCUAA